AUGCUACGCUACACGUCACCAGCGCUAGUGCGACAGCAUCUCCGUUGUAUACAAUACAGAAGCUCUUCGAUCACUCGUGUCUUGACGAGGGGAGAGGGCUGCAAGUCCCUACAGGUCGGCGAGUCGUACCACAACUUUACACUUGAGCGGGUUGCUACUGUGCCAGAGUAUGGCAUAGACGCCCUAGAGCUGCGUCAUGAGCCCACGAAGGCGAAAUACCUGCAUAUUGAUGCGAAGGAUCCAAACAAUGUCUUUGCUGUCAUGUUCCGCACACCACCGAGCGACUCGACGGGCGUGGCGCACAUUUUGGAGCACACUGUGCUAUGUGGUUCUAAGCGCUUCCCUGUGCGUGACCCAUUCUUUAACAUGAUCAAGCGCAGUCUCAACACGUACAUGAACGCUCUCACAGGUGCCGAUCAUACAAUGUAUCCCUUCUCGACGACUAACGACAAGGACUGGCGCAACUUGUUGAGUGUGUAUCUAGAUGCAGCCUUUUUCCCCAAUUUAAAUGAGCUCGACUUUUUACAAGAGGGACAUCGACUCGAGAUCAGUGAGGGUACGAACAGUGGAGACGGACAUCUUGUGUACAAAGGAGUCGUGCUGAAUGAGAUGAAGGGGGUGUUUUCCGAUAGCAACAACCUCUUCGGUACGAGAUUGCAGCAGGAACUCAUGCGCGGCACCAUCUACGAGCAUGUGAGCGGAGGUGACCCGAAGCACAUUCCGUCGCUGACGUAUGAGAAUCUAUGCGCAUUUCACCAGAAACACCAUCACCCGUCGAACUGCUGCUUCUACACUUACGGUGACUUGCCACUCACGGAUCACUUGGCUUAUCUGGAUCAAGAGAUCUUAAGCAACUUUGUCUACUGCGCUGAAUCGGCAGCUAUUCAAGUGAGUACGGAUGGGUUCAACGUUUACAAGACAAACUCUGCAGAGGCGAAGUUGAUUGUAAUACAAGGUCCUGCCAGCAAUAUGAGCAGCGACUCUGCUGAUCCCAACACGAAGUUUUGCAUGAGCAAGUUUGUCGACGUGAGGUCAUCAGACCCUUUUCCGAAUUUCGUGCUUCGAAUUGCGAGCUAUUUGUUGACGAAUGGACCGGCUUCUCCAUUGUUCAAGGCACUGAUUGACUCGAAUCUUGCACAAGACUUCUCCGUUGGUACGGGCUUUGACACAUCUACCUAUUACCCUACGUUUGGUGUCGGUGUGGAGGGCAUCGAGGGUGGAAAAGAAGCGAUUCCCGUUAUUCGCAAGGCUGUGCGUAACGCGUUGGAGAAGGUAGUUGCUGAUGGCUUUGAAAAAGAACGAGUCGACGGUUUACUGCACCAAUUGGAGCUAAGUCUGAAACAUGUAACGGGCAACUUUGGUCUCCAGCUUAUGCAUGGGGUCAGCUCCAUUUGGGCUCAUGGAGGGGACAUUAUUGAAAAUCUGCAGCUGAAUCCCCUACUGAAGCGCUUGACUGACGAAAUGAAUCGCGAUUCAAAGUAUAUCGAGACGUAUGUGCGAGACUAUUUCAUGCGCGAUGACCUGCGCGAGGUACAAAUGCUCAUGUUGCCUUCCGAAGAUUUUAUCCGUGAUCAAGAACUCCGCGAGCGUGAGAAUCUGGCCGUGACACUUCUUGAGCAGGUCAACACUGACCUAGACCGUAUUACUCGGAUCACGACGCAGCUUGAGCGUCAUCAGCAGAAGGAACAGCCUGUUGAAUGCCUGCCUACACUGACCCUGGAUGACAUUCCGCGUGUCGAAGAUCGAAACUUUGACCAUAUCGAUAAGACAUACCUUAACUCGACAUCGACGGAGUUCGUGCGCGUGCCAUCUACCAAUGAAGUUUCCUACUUGCGCCUUCUCUUUGAUCUGGAAGCGCUGCCCCCGGCAUAUCACCAAUACAUUAACGUUUUUACGACGGUAUUUGGAUCAUUGGGUACCACACGAUACGCUUACGACGAGUUAUCCACGGUAAUUGCAAACUGCAGUGGAGGUAUAUCGUGCUCGGCUAUGACGGCACCUUCGCUUGUGGAUGCGAAGGUUGAGCCCAGCAAACAAGCACUCUUGAUUGGCACAAUGUGUUUGCCCCACAAGGUGGACGCGACGCUGAGUCUUUUGCACGAGGUGCUCACUGACACACAGUUUCUAAGUGAAGAAAAUUUACGACAACUGCGUCUUAUUUUGCAAAGUAGUGCGUCCGCCGCUAGCAGCAGCAUUUCGUCAUCGGGUUCGGCUCUAGCUGGUAUACGCUCACGUGUGGGACUUACUUCUGCAAGUUUAUACGACGAGCUGUACGGCGGCUUGACGCAGAUUGAGCAGCUCCAGAGCUUGGCACAGUGCUCCGAUGAUGAUCUACGCCAGCUCGCUCGUAUACUGCAGGAUAUCGCAAGGAUCGCGUUUUCGUCCGUGAAUCUUCGUCUGUCCAUUGUAACGGAGGAAAAGCUCCGCUGUCAGAUAGAGCAGUCCUUGGUGUCAGAGUUUCUGCAGCCGCUUGCUGGAACGACGUCGCUUGCAGAUGUUGCGUCGCUGGCGCUAUCGAAUGAAGAGCUCAAGCUGCCCAUCGUGUCGACCAAAAAUUAUUUUGCGUUUCCCGUCUCCGUCAACUUUGUGGUGGAAACACAGCCGUCGGUGUCAUUUGCACAUGACGACCACGUGCCACUCACUGUCUUAGCACAAAUGAUGUCAUCAUGCUACCUGCAUCAGCAAGUUCGUGAGCAAGGUGGAGCCUACGGAUCUGGCGUCUCUCAGAAUGAGGGCUCCCUGUCGAUGAGCUCUCAUUACGACCCGAACACGUUCAAGACGCUCGAUGCUUACGCAGGCGCACGCCAGUGGGCUGUCAGCGGAAAGUUUUCUGACCGAGACGUCCAGGAAGCAACUCUUUCGGUAUUUGGAAGUAUUGACGCGCCCAAGACUCCAUCGAUGAAGGGCCGGAUGAGCUUUUUGCGCGGCAUCACCAAUGACAUGCGCCAACGCCGCCGUGAGAAAUACCUUUCCUUGACACGCCAAGAGCUCGUUGACGUUGCGAGCAAAUACUUCAACGGGGACACGCCAAAUAGACGUACUGUCAUCAUCGGUAAAGACAGUGACGAUCUGCGCGAGUUCUCAGAUAAGGGUUUCGAUUUGCGGCGGUACACUUCGUUAACCCCUUCCGAGAAGCAAUUAUGA